CCCAAACCUAAUUGAAAGGAUUCUUCUUCUAUCUAUACUUUCUAUUGCUUCAGAAGGAAAAAAAGAUCGAUUUUUUAAUUGGGAUCGAAGAGGGCGCUUACCAAUUCGGUCGAAUUGAGGUCUAUACCCCCGCGCUUGGAGCCGGCGGAGAUGGUCGACGCGUCGAGGGUGGUGGUGGAGGAGGAGCAUGUGCCACGGCGGCGAUCGGAGGCGGAGGCGGAGGCGGAAGAGGAGCAGUUGAUCCCUGGAUUGCCCGACGACGUGGCGGAGCAUUGCCUCCUCCACUUGCCUUUCCCUUACCAGCCGCUCGCCCGCUCCGUCUCUUCCGCCUGGAAUCGCACCCUCUCCAGCCCUUCCUUCCUCCGCAGCAAGGCGGAGGCGGCCGCCGAGCGGUCGCUUCCAUACUUGUUCGUCUUCGCCUUCGAUCGCACCACCCUUCGGCUCCAGUGGCAGGCACACGACCCGCGGAUGCGCCGCUGGUUCGUGCUCCCCCCGAUGCCUCUGCCGGCGGGCGGAGACGGCCCGCUCUGUCCCCCAGCCUUCGCCUGCGCCGCCCUACCCGGCCGCGGCGAACUGUAUGUCCUCGGAGGGAUGCGGUCCGACACCCAGUCCCCGCUGCGGACCCUGCUCGCCUACCGCGCCGCCACCAACUCCUGGUGCGCCGCCGCGCCGAUGCCCACCCCGCGGUGCUUCUUCGCUGCGGGCGCGAUCGGGGACCGGAUCUUCGCCGCGGGGGGAGGCGACGGCGGGAUCUCUGCGGUGGAGUGGUACGACCCGGAGGCGGACCGGUGGGCUCCCGCGGCCGGGAUGCGCCGCGGGAUAACUCGGUACGACGCCGCCGUGGUCGGCCAGCGGAUGUACCUCACCGAGGGCUGGACCUGGCCAUUCGACUCCUCGCCCUGCGGCGGCGUCUACGAUGCGGAUCGGGACGCGUGGGAUGAGAUGCGGGUGGGGAUGCGGGAGGGGUGGACGGGCGCGAGCGCGGUGGCCGGCACCCAUCUCUACGUCAUAUCCGAGUGCGGCGACGGGCGGGUGAAGGCGUACGACGAGGGGACCGACAGAUGGAAGGCGGUGGCUGGCGGAGCAGUGCCCGCCGAAGUGAGGCGGCCUUACGCGGUGAUCGGGAGCGGCGGAGGCGCUGCAGAGAAAGGGAGAAGGACGAUCUACGUGGUGGGGAGCGGGAUGGACGUCGGCGUAGGGACGGUCUCGUCCACCGCCGGCACGGCGGAGGAGAGGGUGGAGUGGGAGGUGGUGAAAGGGCCGCCGGCGUUCGCAGAUCUCGCACCUUGUAACGCCCUCGUACUGUUUGCUUAAUAAGCGUUAUAAUUAAGUAACUAAUAUAAAACCGGUUUAUUCGAGGCAUUAAACGACAUAUCUCUGUAACAUAUUUUUUUUCUUUUCUUUUUUUAAUGAUUUAAUAGGCACACGCCUAUUUGGAAAGAGGAAUAUAUAGGGUUGGGUUGAACCGAUUCA